UCCAUUUCAUUUUUUUACAAUAAUGAUUUACAAGGACAUAACAUGUUAAAGAAAUACAAGAAAUAUAUACCUUUUAAUGGAUUAUUUGCAGGAGUGAAAUUUGCGUAAUGGUGAAGGGUUGAAGUUGAAAACAACAAAAUAUUUCGUCCAAGGGCAAGUUGUGUGAAGUAUUCUGGAUACUUUGGUUUGACAGGACAGGUUGAGGUUCGGUGAUGUUGAGACGAUUAAAAAACCUCUUCUAUCGCUUUGUGGUGCAAAAUUUAACUGUAAAGACAGUGGUAGGGUUUAUCGUUGUGAUAUGUUUACUAAAAACUCUGAAAUAUGGAAUACUAUACUAUGCAGAUAUUGAGAGAUAUUACGUAAAGAUUGAAAACUUGGAUAUUAUAUCGGGUGAUUUUUAUUGCAAAAGCUCAAUCACAAAUAACUCAUGCACUUUGUACACAAGUGAUGCAAUGUCAAUGUGUUACAACUUGGGAGAUAAGUGUAAUGGUUUCACAUAUAACAUUGGGCCAAGAACAUCAACACUUAAACAAGGGACCAAAGGAAAACCAAGAUUUACACUUGGAGUGGUGACAUUUUAUAAAGAUGAGUAUAAAGAUCUCUUGAUGUUGAAGGAAACAAAGGGCUGUGCUCCUGUGUUGGAAAAAAAACAAAGUGAUAAGAAGAUAUCAAAUGCAAUUUGUAACAUUCCUGAAAUUGACCCAUUUGAUGCGACAGUAAUGAAAAUGAUUGAAAAAGUGAAGCCCCUGGUCUGUAAAGGGAAUAAAAAUUUGACAUUUUAUAACAACGGAAGACUAAUGAUAACACCAGGUGCUAAAUCGAAAGUUAAAAAAGUGGACUAUGAAGUGAUCAGAGGAUUGAGCAACUCUGGUCAAGGCUAUCAAAUUUUCAAAACAGGAACCUUGACUCCAUCAGACCCUGUUGUAACCUUAAAUGAAGACAUGUUAUAUGUUGAGAUUCAGAAAACAGACAAUACUGUUCAAAAAGAGUUUCACAUGGAAGUCAUUCCUCGUGAGGAGGUACUACAAAAGGUACCUAAAACUGCACCAGGAAUACCUCUGAACAUAAUGAUGGUGGGCCUAGAUUCGACAUCUCAUGCACACUUUCGGAGGAAACUGGGUCCCAUAUACAAAUAUCUUAAAGAUGAGUUAGAAUCUCAUAUAUUUAAUGGUUAUUCAAUCCUUGGUGAUGGAACAACUGUAGCACUUAUUGGGAUGUUGGUGGGAAGACAUUUUGAUGAAUUACCUGAGGGAAGAAAGGGAAAAUUGUUUGCGCAGUGUUUAGAUCGUUGGCCAUGGAUAUUCAAAGAUAUGAACGAUCAUGGUUAUGCAACAUAUUAUAACGAAGAUGAAGUAUUUAAUGGUGCAAUAACCACGCGUCUUAAAGGCUUCUGUAAACCACCAAUAGAUCAUUACCUUCUACCGUUCUGGUAUUCGGCUUUGGAAAAACACUCUUCGAUGUACCAAAAAAUGGUGAGCGGUAUUAGUUAUAUCAAAGGCCACUGUCUUGGCUCCGAAGCUAUAUACAACGUUAGCUUAAACACCAUCAAAAGUUUCUUUAAGGCAUAUCCUAAGAAGUUGAAAUUCGGUUUUCAUAUGAAUUCAGACUUCUGUCAUCACGAGGACUUCAAUUUUAUAUCAUUAGUAGAAGACGAUUUGUUAAAUUUUCUGAAGUAUUUUAAGAAACAAGGAUUUCUUAAUAAUACGCUCUUGGUUCUAUUUGGUGAUCAUGGUUUGCGCUAUGGCUUUGUUCGUUCAACUGUGUUGGGACGUAUGGAGGAGAGACUUCCAUUUCUAUCAAUGACAUUUCCACCGUGGUUUGAGAAAACGUAUCCGGAACUGUACCAUAAUUUAAGGAAGAAUAGCAAAGUAUUGAGUACACCAUUUGACCUUCACGCGACCUUUCAACAUAUCCUGUCGUACCCUGAGAUCCCCAAAGAUCUGCCUCACGGGAAGAGCUUGUUUACUGAUAUAGGCUGGAGGACCUGCGAACAGGCUGGAAUUCCUUUUCACUUUUGUCCGUGUGUCGAUUGGAAUGAAGUUGAGGUAGACAAUGAUGACGUCAGAAGCAGUGCACUUGCUGUGGUUGAAAUGAUGAAUGAACGGAUAGCGAAUAACGGCGUUGCGGCGAAAUGUGCCCAACUUCAAUUAAAAAGGGUCAUUUCUGCCCUUUUGAUAUCUUCUAAAGGUGACGAAGACGAGGAUUUAAAUGCAGAGAGGCGUUUCACUAUGGCAAAGACUUUGAAAGGUGGAUGUAUGUAUCAACUACAACUGGAAACAUCGCCAAAUAACGGAAUUUAUGAAUCAACGGUCCAGUUAAUCAUGGGGAUACCGAAGGUCAAUCAACAUUUAAGCAGAGUAAACAAAUACAAUGAUGAAUCAGACUGCAUAAGAACGACACAUCCGCUGCUCAGAGAGUUUUGUUAUUGUAACAUAAAUGACGGAAAAACGCGGUGACCAAAAUAUCACCUUGUCAUAAGGAUAUUUCAUGUCUCAGUGUAAGGAUGUCAGUAGAACAUGCAUUCAGUCUUACAGCAUUCGCUUAGUAUAUUAUUAUGAUCGAGGGGAGUGCUUUUUUUGAACUGCCGAAAGUGGCAUUAUAAUGGUCGAGAGCAUAGUAGCGAUGCGUAAUGCGAUAUGCGUAAGGGCAAACGUAAAAAGUUCCGACUUGAGAUGUCUACUGUAUAUUCCUUAUUCUGUGCAGUUUACAGAAUUAGUAAUUGACAUGCAUAAUUUAAACAUCGCAGCUGUCGUGAUUCAUCGCACGAUCAAUUGACUGUCCAUUUAGAGUCGUAAAAAAUAUCUAUAUCUAACGCAAAUUUUCUACCAAAAAUCUUAAUGAUAAAUUUUAUGCAGAAAGCCUUUAUUUAUAAAUUUGAUUACUUUAAUAAUACCUUAUUUACUAAAAAUUAAAAUGCAACAAUUUAACAUUUAAUUUGCAACUAUCAUUUUCAUUUUCCCAUAUUUGGGGGAGAUACGAAUCACAUGACCAAUGGUAACUAGGGUGUGUUUCUCGUCGAAAGACUGUUUUUCAGUAACAGUCACGCGUCUUUCAUAAGCACACACCGA